AUUUGCUGGGCAGUGCUGAGGCAGCCUUCCGCUAGGAUUGAGGCGAUUCGAUGCGGUUUGUUAAUAUGACGAUUUGUAAUCUAUAUCUUUUGUAUUUUGGAUGCAUAAAAAUAAUUUAGUUUGCCUUGCUGCAAUGUAAAACACAAGGAACCCCGGGGUAUCUUUCUCCCUGUGCGGAGCACCCGGUGCUGGUCCUUGGUGCCACUCCGAGGUCUGUCCACUCCUUCUUAUGAAAUGGAAAAUCCUGAAGUGGCUGCGAGCAGCUGCAGUGCACAUGAGGAUGAAAACCUUUGCAGCUACAAACGACACUCAUCAGUAUCACAGGAGGGGCUUUUGGAAGACCAGCUUAGAAGGAAGCUAAAAUUUUUCUUCAUGAACCCGUGUGAGAAAUUUUGGGCCCGGGGCAGGAAGCCUUGGAAACUUGGGAUUCAAUUACUCAAAAUAGUAAUGGUUACAAUUCAGCUGGUGGUUUUUGGACUGAGCAAUCAAAUGGUGGUUGCCUUCAAAGAAGAGAACACUAUUGCAUUCAAACAUCUGUUCUUGAAAGGAUAUAUGGACAGAAUGGAUGAUACCUAUGCUGUGUACACACAAACAGAUGUCUAUGACCAGAUAUUCUUUGCAAUAAACCAGUACCUCCAGCUGCCCAACAUCUCUGUUGGAAAUCAUGCUUAUGAGAAGAGGGGAGAGGAAGAGACACCUCUGGCUGUUUGUCAGCAGUUCUACAAGCGAGGAAUCAUCUGUCCUGGAAACGACACCUUUGAUAUAGACCCAGAGAUUGUGACUGACUGCUUGUACAUUGAGCCAACGACUUCCCUAGAUAACGCAACAAUGGGAAAGCACAAUUUGAAUUUCACUCUGGAUUUCCCCAGGCUGGUGGCGGUGCAGCUCAUGUUCAAUCUGAAGGCAAUCAACCUCCAGACAGUUCGUCACCACGAGCUCCCCGACUGUUACGAUUUCACUCUGCGGAUUGUGUUUGAUAAUAAAGCACACAGUGGAAGAAUUAAAAUAAGUCUAGACAAUGACAUAGAGAUAAGGGAAUGUAAAGAUUGGCAUGUUUCUGGAUCAAUACAGAAGAACACUCAUUACAUGAUGAUCUUCGAUGCUUUUGUCAUAUUGACUUGUCUGGCUUCAUUGAUCCUUUGCACACGAUCAGUGAUUAAAGGAAUUUGGCUCCAAAGGGAAUUUGUAAGCUUCUUCCUAUAUUAUUAUAAGAAAGAAGUAUCUUUCAGUGAUCAAAUGGAAUUUGUCAAUGGAUGGUACAUCCUGAUUAUAGUUAGCGAUGUCCUAACUAUUGUUGGAUCAACUCUAAAGAUGGAGAUACAAGCUAAGAGUCUGACAAGUUAUGAUGUCUGCAGCAUACUCUUAGGAAUAUCUACUAUGCUUGUGUGGCUUGGAGUCAUUCGCUACCUUAGUUUCUUUCAGAAGUAUAAUCUUCUCAUCCUAACACUGCGAGCAGCAUUACCCAAUGUAAUGAGGUUCUGCUGUUGUGCUGCCAUGAUCUACCUGGGCUAUUGUUUCUGUGGAUGGAUUGUACUGGGACCAUACCAUGUCAAGUUUCGCACUCUGAACAUGGUUUCUGAAUGCCUUUUCUCAUUGAUCAAUGGAGAUGAUAUGUUUGCCACCUUUGCACAAAUGCAGCAGAAAAGUUACUUGGUUUGGUUAUUCAGUAGGAUCUACCUCUACUCCUUCAUCAGUCUGUUCAUCUACAUGGUGCUGAGUCUCUUCAUUGCACUCAUUACAGAUACAUAUGAAACAGUCAAGCACUACCAGCAAGAUGGCUUUCCAGAGACAGAACUUAAGAGAUUUAUAUCACAGUGCAAAGACUCACCAAGCUCUGGGAGGUACAGGUUAGAGGAAGAAAGUUCUGCAUCUCUCUUCUGUUGUUGUAAUGGUAACAAGCCUGAAUCUCGGGGGGAAAAUCAGCUUGUCAAGGUUUUAAGACAGCAUGCAGUUUAAGAUACUACCACAGCACUUGGAAAACAUUGCCUAACUUCCAUUAUGGAGGGGAAAAUGCUUCAGUUAUUUGAAGUUGUGUUUCUUCAGGAAUACUGAUUGCAGGAUACAUGGUUUAUAUUUAACCUGGCUGGCAGCAAGUCUGAUUCUUCCUGAAGAGCCUUUUGGUGGGGGAGCUGAAAAAUUUUGCUGCUUGAUUAAAAAGAUCAAAUGUGCAAUUCUUUGGUAUUGGGUUUUUCUGGUGGGCUGUGUUGUUAUAUGCCUGAUAGAACAUAUUUAUGAGAGGGAGGGGAUGGGGAUGUAUUUUGGAGCAGGGAGAUGACAGAGCCUGCUGUGAGCCAGCCCCUGUUCUGACCGAGUGUCUUAGUGGAGAUAAAAGUGUGGGGUGAAGCGGAGCAGGGCAUCUUGCUCUGGGUAAAGGGCAUGGACACAUUAAUAUUUCCUUUUCUGCACACACCUCUCUGUUUAACCAGACAAAAAAGCCAGCAUAAGAUGGGUCAGGGUGGGGAUGUAAUAAUUUUCUUACUGACUGUGCAGUGGGGAUCAGGCAUCUGGGAGAGCAGUCUCAUAUUCAGAAUGUUUUCUGGUGGUUCAUAGCAGUUUCUUGUCAAUGGAUGUCAAAUUAUUAAUAGUUCAGUUGCAUUUUUAAGGCUCCUUGUACAGUGAAACUAUUAUUUUGAAGCAUGUGCCUGACAACUUCCUCUUCUCUCUUGUACAGGUUGUAGUGAAUAUAUUUAAUGGAUUGUGGGAGUGUAUCAGGGAGGCUUUAAAGCAGCACACAUUGCAAGAACUUGACAGUGGAGCUGGUGGAAAACCUUAUCUCUGAAGACUUAAUUUGCUUUUCUCAAAAACCAGUGUAAGCCUAUGGCAGAAGUUUAUGCUAAACUUACAGACCUUUUGUUUAGACAUUCACUGCUUGUUCAGGGGGUUUGGGGAUGGUUUUUAAUAGUUUUAUUCUAUUUGAUUCCUUAGUUAAAUUGUGCUGGAAUGCAAAGGCAUAAGAACCUAUCCGUGUUCAGAGACUUGGCGAGAUCAUAAGAGUAGAAUAUAAAUGUAGUAACUUUCAACUAUAAGUAGAACUAGUGCUGGACAACUUCAGCUUCUAACAUCAACCUAGCCCUCAGUACUGCAGGCAUUAUCUGUCUGUGGCUGACCGGUUACUGAAGGAAUGAAAGCUCAUUAGAGCCUUCAGAAUUUUUUGUUUAUUUGCACUCACAGUAAAAAAAUUACUAUGAAAAGUUGUGUAAUUUGUUUCUGGAGUCAUUACACUGAGUUGAUACACAAACCACUCAAAUAUAGCUGAAAGCAUAAAAUAAAUAUUUCUUUAAACACAAGUACCACUGGAUGUAAGUGGCAAUCUAUUCUCAGAGAAGCUGGGAUAUGCCAGGCUGAACUGAAGUUUCAGGGAUGAGCUGAGUGGAGAAGUGUUCUCAUGUAUCAAGCACUGGGCAGUCAGUUACAGUCUUCAGCUUAACAGUGUUUGGAUCUUACAUAUUUAAAGGAAAAAUCAGAAAAAAAGCCUUUCAAAAUACCUAUUUUUUAAAAUUUUGAAAUCUUCCUCUGGCAUACAAGUCUGUAAACAUGAAGUCUAAACUGAGUUAAAGACCCAGGAGAUAUAUCUCUGAGAGUCUAAUCUCUCCACUCUUUAGAAACUGGAUGUUUACAAGCAACCUAAUAACCUGCUACUGUCAGUGGCUGGAGGAAUCAUUAGCUCUUACAAAAGUUCAGUUUUGACAACUUAGUUUAUAUUCUUUGUUGAUUGUGAUACUAUUUAAUGGAUGCCUUAUUUUCUAUAGUCUGUUCAUUCUGGGAGCAGAAUAGAAAGCUAAAGGGAAGCAUAUUUUAGAGAACUUGAAUUUGUGAGCAACGUUGCUGUAGCUGUGUGUGACAAUGUACAAUGCUGUAGAGGACACAAAACAUGUUCUGUCUGAAUGCUUACACAUUGUAAAUGUGCUACAAUAAACACUUACAGCUGCAGUAA